AUGGAUUUGACCGAGGGCGUCGGAGAGAGCUCGUCACCGCCUCGAAGCUUCGUCAGCUUCAGCAACUACGAUGUGCGAAACGACGUGUACAACCGCUUGUUGGAGAGCGGUAAAGAAGACGCUUUGACUCAAUCUGAUUUUCGUGAGCAGUUGGACGCUCACUUCAAUCGCUUGCCGGCUAGUUAUGGGCUUGAUGUUAACUUGGAUAGAGUAGAAGAUGUCUUGUUGCAUCAAAAGCUUCUUGCAUUGGCAAAAGACCCAGAGAAGCGGCCUGUUUAUCAUAUCCGUUUCAUGGAGAAUACUUCUACAAAAACAGAUGAUGACGAUGAUGAUGAUAAUGAUGGCCAACAAGUUACUAGUAUCAUUUCAACCUCAAGGCCAUCAUGUGGUGAAGCUAAUGAAGGAGCUGCUCGGUCACAUGACAGAGCUAGGAAUUGUGCAAUUGACUCUAAGCUUGGGGACCUAAAUUUGGAUGUUAGAACGAAUGCUACGGACAUGGAUGGAAGACAUCUGACAGAGAGUUUUCCCCCAAGGCAAGAUAUACCACAUGUUCCCAUUCAUGAAGUCAUAUUUUCAACCAUUGACAAGCCUAAGCUUCUUAGCCAGCUUUCUGCUUUGCUUUCUGAUUUAGGACUUAACAUCCGUGAAGCACAUGUUUUUUCAACGACCGAUGGCUACUCCUUAGAUGUUUUUGUGGUGGAUGGAUGGCCUGUUGAGGAUACAGAUGGUCUACAUGAAGCUAUGGAAAAGGCGGUUGCUAGAAGUGAGGGUUCAUGGUCAAGAUCUUCACAUUCUCAUUCGGCUGUGGAGAAAGCAUUAGCGGCACAAGAAAAACCUGGAAACUGGGAAAUAGACAGAAGACUAUUAAAGAUAGGAGACAGAAUUGCAUCUGGGUCAUGUGGAGAUUUGUACCGCGGAAUUUAUCUUGGUCAAGAUGUUGCGGUUAAGAUACUGAGGUCAGAGCAUUUGAAUGAUGCUCUAGAGGAUGAGUUUGCUCAAGAAGUUGCAAUUCUGAGAAAGGUCCAUCAUAGGAAUGUUGUGUGCUUUAUAGGGGCAUGUACGAAGUCUCCACAUUUGUGCAUAGUGACAGAGUAUAUGCCCGGUGGAAGUCUCUAUGAUUAUUUGCACAAGAAUCAUAAUGUCUUGAAGCUUUCAGAACUGUUAAAGUUUGCAAUUGAUGUCUGCAAAGGAAUGGAGUAUUUGCAUCAUAAAAACAUAAUUCAUAGGGAUCUGAAGACAGCAAAUCUGCUAAUGGACACUAACAACGUUGUAAAGGUGGCAGAUUUUGGUGUUGCUCGGUUCCAAAAUCAAGAGGGAGUAAUGACAGCAGAGACUGGAACCUACAGAUGGAUGGCACCAGAGGUUAUCAAUCAUCAACCAUAUGAUCAGAAAGCAGAUGUGUUCAGUUUUGCGAUUGUACUUUGGGAGCUAGUAACAGCCAAAGUUCCAUAUGAUACCAUGACUCCGUUGCAAGCUGCCUUGGGAGUUAGACAGGGACUGAGACCGGAUCUUCCCAGUACUGGACACCCAAAGCUGUUGGAAUUAAUGCAGAAAUGUUGGGAUGCAGAUCCUUCCAAUCGGCCUUCCUUCUCUGAUAUAAUAGCUGAACUUGAAUAUCUCCUCCAAGAAGUUCAGGAAAUUUCGGAAGCUACCAAUGGCGCUUGA